AUGAAAAAUAAACCAAUAAGUACUUCAUUACAUGUAGCGAAAUUUCGUGGUCGUGUUUUAAUUGUUGACCUUUUACUUGAAUAUGGUACAGAUGUUAAUACUAGAAUUGAUUUCGAAGCAAAUAUCUUCGAAGAUGACAUAUCAGAAGAACAAUUUCUCACACCUGAUCCUAAAACAUUAGAGAUCCCUGGAUGUAUUUGUCUCUUUCAAGCUGAACUGAACUCAUCUACUACCUCACUUGUUGAACUACCUGCCGUAUCCAUGAUUGACAAGCCGAACGCUCUUUUGUACACUUUGGUGCAAUCUUCAUCAUUCUGGUUUAAUUCUAACACUCGUCGAAGUCUUCUACCUAUAAUUAGUGGUAUUUAUGCAUUCGUACUUCAUUUUGAUAUUAUCCCAAAUCACCUUACGUUACCAGCAGAUAUGUUUAUUGCAGCUACUCUUGAACGACCAUUGAUAUCAAGAGAUAAACCUGUGCCCUGCAGAUAUUUAGUUCUUCGCAAAAAUGAUUCUAACAUGUUUCCACACAUAGCUUAUCAUGGAACGACUAUUAGCGCCAUUCAAUCUAUCCUUCAUGAUAGACUGGCCAUACCAGGCAUGGUAACAACCAGCGGAAAACGUAUUAAUCCACUAAAAUAUUAG